CGCAAGCAACAGUAAUACGUCUACCUCAUUCCAACUUACCGGCUACGUGGUUUACGAAAGAGACGGCACGUAAAGCGCAGUGGCGAACAGCAAAACUUUGCCGAAUAAACACAGAGUAGAGUUGGCGAAAACCCGUUCAGUCAUAUUACGGCGGUCGCGGGUAACGCACGUGUACAGAUUUUCCUCCGACAACUUUCCGAAGUUCGUGAUGACGUUGCGUUGCGUUCUCGCUGUCCUGGCACUGGCCGGGGCGACCCUGGCGGGCCCCGAGGUCACCGAGCUGAAGGUAGACGUCGUCAGCGUGCCCGAAGGCUGCGAAACCAAGUCCAAACAUGGAGACAUGCUGACCAUGCACUACACCGGCACUUUAGAUGACGGACACAAGUUCGACUCCAGUUACGAUCGAGACCAGCCAUUCACCUUCCAGAUUGGCGUGGGUCAAGUGAUCAAGGGUUGGGAUCAAGGUUUACUCGACAUGUGUGUCGGUGAGAAACGGAAAUUGACCAUUCCUUCAUCUCUUGGGUACGGUGAGCGAGGGGCCGGUAACGUGAUCCCAGCACACGCGACCCUCCAUUUCGACGUCGAACUCAUCAACAUCGGUGACUCGCCACCAACCACCAACGUGUUCAAAGAAAUUGAUGCAGACAAAGACAACAUGCUGUCCCGCGAAGAAGUGAGCGAAUACCUCAAGAAACAGAUGGUGCCCCCAGAGGGCGGUGAGAUGAGCGAUGAAAUAAAGCAGAUGAUAGAGAGCCACGACAAACUCGUCGAAGAGAUCUUCCAACACGAGGACAAAGACAAGAACGGCUUUAUAAGCCACGAGGAGUUCUCCGGCCCGAAACACGACGAGCUGUAAAUAAUAACCACAAGCGCAGUGGUACAAUAGAGAUGCAACGCGAACGAACUGAAUAUUGUCGGUGGCACCCAAGCUCAAAGUACCUGCUCAUUGUAAUUUAAGAAAAAAAAUUCAAUGCAAUUUGUUUAAAUUUAUUCUAAAUUCAAUAUUACGUUCACUAAAGCAUACCUACGCCAUUUUUAAUCAUUCUCCUUCAAUAGCCAGCU